CGUCUAGAGAGCCGCAUCGCUGGCGUGGUGGCGCAGCUGGUCCCUCGGGUUUCUCUGUGGAGACUUGGCUUUCCUGUACCCACUUUGUCGACCAAGCUGGCUUCAAAUUCAUAGAAAUCCGCUUGCCUCUGCCUUUGUCUGACUGUUUCCCAGUAAUUCAGGGCAGGAAAAAGAUUUGGAAAGACAGAAAUCAAAGAAGAUGGGAAACUGCUGCCAGCAAAGACCAUUUAGUGAAGAAUUUGAGUGCAAAGAGCUUUUCUAGAGAGGAUAAACAUCCACCUUGAAGAAGAAAGAACAUCAGGAGCUAAGAUUCAAUUUAACCCUGUAGUGGCUGCUUGGAAGAUGAAGAUGCAGACUCCAGAUUGGUGGUUUAUAUGCUGUUCAUGCAAGAGCCAUGCACUAAAGGAGAGAGCUAACUGUGCUGACCAGUGACCAAAGGCUGCAGGCAUUGGAACAGAUUUGCGGAAGAUACAGGCUAUCUAAGCAUUCCAUAUUGGAAGAAGCAAUUUUUAUAUGAAAAAAAAAUGCCUUUGUUUAGUAAAUCACACAAAAAUCCAGUAGAAAUUGUGAAAAUUUUGAAAGACAACCUGGCAAUUUUGGAAAAGCAAGACAAAAAGUCAGACAAGGCCUCAGAAGAAGUGUCAAAGUCUCUGCAGGCAAUGAAGGAAAUUCUGUGUGGUACAAACGACAAGGAGCCCCCCACGGAAGCAGUGGCUCAGCUGGCACAGGAGCUCUACAGCAGUGGACUGCUGGUGACACUCAUAGCUGACCUGCAGCUGAUAGACUUUGAGGGGAAAAAGGAUGUGACCCAAAUAUUCAACAACAUCCUGAGAAGACAGAUCGGUACACGUUAUCCGACUGUGGAGUACAUCAGUUCUCACCCUCACCUCCUGUCCAUGCUCCUCAAAGGCUAUGAAGCCCCACAGAUUGCCUUACGCUGUGGGAUUAUGCUAAGAGAAUGUAUUCGACAUGAACCACUUGCCAAAAUCAUCCUUUUUUCUAAUCAGUUCAGAGAUUUCUUCAAGUAUGUGGAGCUGUCCACAUUUGAUAUCGCUUCAGAUGCCUUUGCUACUUUUAAGGAUUUGUUAACCAGACAUAAAGUGUUGGUAGCAGAGUUCUUAGAACAAAAUUAUGACACUAUUUUUGAAGACUAUGAGAAACUGCUGCAAUCUGAGAACUAUGUGACAAAGAGACAAUCUUUAAAGCUGCUAGGUGAGCUGAUCCUGGACCGCCACAACUUCGCCAUUAUGACCAAGUACAUCAGCAAGCCGGAGAACCUGAAGCUGAUGAUGAAUCUGCUUCGAGACAAAAGCCCCAACAUCCAGUUCGAAGCCUUCCAUGUCUUUAAGGUGUUUGUGGCCAGCCCCCAUAAAACGCAGCCUAUCGUGGAGAUUCUGUUAAAAAAUCAGCCCAAACUCAUUGAGUUUCUGAGCAGCUUCCAGAAAGAAAGGACAGAUGAUGAGCAGUUCACUGACGAAAAGAACUACCUGAUCAAACAGAUUCGAGACUUGAAGAAAGCAGCCCCGUGAAGAUGGGUCCCGCCCUGACAGCCGUUUGCCUUGCCCAGUGUGUACAGUGUUGUUUCAGGGCCUCUGCUCUUGGGAAGGCUUUGAAGGUCCUGUUUUUCUCAAUCGAUUGUUUAAGGUAGAUUGAAUAUAAAUAUUUGAAUGGAAAAAAUCAACCUAGAGUAAUACAUUCAUUUUAAUCAAGUCUGUGAUUGCUUGUGGAAUCAGCCAUUAUAUUAAACCUUGAUAAAAGCAAGUGUAACUGCAGAGCUGGACCCUGGGUCACCCUGGCCAUCAAGUAGGAGCAUAAGUGUCUCUUGAGACAGACAGUGGGGAGGGAUUUAGACAGGCUUUUCAGUUACUGAAGAGAUAGGAGACAGGGCUGCAUUAUCUGCUCUGAGUGCACUUUCAUUCCCUGCUUGCUACCUCCUAGCUGUAGUAAGUGGUUCUUAAUUUCCAGAGGAGCAGGUACCCAACUCUCAGCUCAAUCUCUGCUCACUGUCUCUCAUUGUGUCCAUGCCUGCUCCAGGGCCCGUGCCCAUUCCAACUGUUGAGGGCUAGGCUGGGAGCAGUUAAGGACCAAGUUAGACCAACAAGGGCCACAGGGUCAGAGAACACUCAUGGGCUGUGGCUCACUCAGAGGAGACUUGCAAACAAGUGGUGGUAGUCACCGAUGUGCUUUAGGUACUUUGGGAGGGUCAGUGAGUAUGAGGAUGUUUCCUUAAUAGCUGUUGUUAUGGGGUGACUGUUUUGAGAGGCAGGAUCACGGGAGGUGGAAUCACGAACCAUGGGGCUAGAAGGUUGUAGUAGACUUCCAUCAGCAGAGAGGCAAGUGAGUCAUGCAUAAAAAUUGUUUUCAAAUGACCAAAGGUUCUCUCUUGUCAGUGUGUUCUGUAAUAAACUGUCAUUCUGUGACUGCCUAUCAGUGUCGUCAAUGGGCAGUUAAAAAGUUGGUCCCAAAUACCCUCUUUUGUGCUAGAAUAACAAAGAUGUUCAUUUGUAUCCCCUUAACAGGGACAGAAAGGUGUUUUUUGUUUGUUUGUUUGUUUGUUUGUUUGUUUGUUUGUCUUGUCUUGCUUUGUUCUUGGUGAGGGCCAUGGGGUAAGGCCAUGGGGUAAGGCCAUGGGGUAAGGCCAUGGUUUGUCUUCAUCCUCAGACAUUCAGGUGGAUAUUUCCCAGGCACUCACGCUACAAUUGCUUAUUUGCUCUUCAUGUCCUGAAUUUCCUUGGCACUUGACUGCUGUCUUUCUUGUCUUUGGCUAUAUAUAUCUCCACCCAGAGACAGGAAGGGAAGUAUUUUCUCCGGUAUAAAUGUCUGUAGUGGGUUUUCACCGGAGAAUUCCCUGGAAGGGCACUUUGCUUCUCGAUGGGGUUCAGCUGUAUUGCUCCCAUGCAGCCCCCGGUGACCUACGUCCUUCCGUCAUGGGAAUCAGAUUUAGUUUAAAAUUUUCCCCAAUAGUACAGAGUCCCUUAGAAUUUGACCCUUCUAGCUUUGCUUAUUUGAUUACCUGAGAAAAAAUGGUGUAUGUGUUUCCAUAGCAUAUUGGGACACAAGCAAGGACAUAUUCUGAUUUUAUCUCAGUUAAAAACAGUUGUUUUCUCUGGAUCUGAAUUGGCUCUUUCCCAGCAUCCCUUUAUCAUGGCUGUGUACCUGCUGGGCAGAAAGCUACAGAGUCUGAGAGGCGGUGAAUGAGGUAGUUGGGGUGUUGAUGUGAGUUUAUAAAUUAUUCACUCAGAAGGGGAUACUUGGAGCUCACCGCCACGAUGUCACUGCAAAUGCUGUAAGACUUGAAUGUGGAGAAGGUCAUAUUUAACAAGAAGCACAGUUAAAAUAAAUAAAAUUACCACACA